GUGGGGGAGGAGUAGGGCCCGGUCCCCGGUGUUGUCAGGCGAGCGAGCAGGCGCUGGAUUCUUCGGUUUGCGGACGUUCCGCGCAAAUAAGCGGGCGGGGGGGGAGGUUCCUUCUGCCUGUGGGGUGAGAAGCAGAGCAGCCGAGGCGCCCUGUGCAGAUGGAACCCAGCAGCGGGAGCCGCUGCCCCAGGCCCGCCGUUGCGGCGGUGGCGGCCGUUCUGCCGGCGGGCGGUACCGGGGAGCGUUUGGGUGGUGCCACCCCCAAGCAGUUCUGCACCGUGCAAGGGAGGCCGCUCGUCAGCUACACGGUGCGGGCGAUGGAGAGGAUAAGUUGGAUAUCUGACAUUGUUGUGGUUGUCUCUCCUGAAAAUAUUGAAACAAUGAAAUCUAUCACUGAAAAAUACGGCCAUAAAAGAGUUACAAUAGUAAAAGGUGGAGUCACUCGUCACCGGUCAAUUUUCAAUGGACUGAAGGUAUUUGCAGAGAAUGAAUUUUCCAAUCAGCUGCUCCAGAAACCAGAAGUAGUGAUUAUCCAUGACGCUGUGAGGCCAUUUGUUGAAGAAGAUAUUCUUUCAAAAGUGGUUACGGCUGCUAAAGACCAUGGGGCAGCAGGAGCAAUUCGUCCUCUAGUUUCUACUGUUAUUGCCUCUGCUGCAGAUGGCUGCCUAGAUCACUCAUUGGAACGUGCCAAGUAUAGAGCGAGUGAAAUGCCUCAGGCCUUCUUGUUUGAUAUAAUCUAUGAAGCUUACCAACAGUGUACAGACUAUGACCUGGAUUAUGGAACUGAAUGUUUGCAUCUGGCUCUGAAAUACUGUAAAACAAAUGCCAAACUUGUUGAAGGAACAUCUGAUCUCUGGAAGGUGACCUACAAGCGGGAUCUGUAUGCUGCUGAAUCGAUUAUUAAGGACAACCUAGCACAACAAGUUUGUGUUAUUACAAGUGUGAAGGAAGAUGUGGCACGAGUAAGUUUUCUCCUUCAUGAAUCUCUGAAAAGCCAAAUAAAAGUUGAAGCUGUAUCAAUAAUUCUAAGCAAAAAUGAUGGCCAUCUACAAGAUAUCUUUUCAGGACAGUGCUACAAUUUUGUUUGUAUAAAUGAUAAAAAGUAUGCAAUUGAAGAAACCCAGAAACUAGUGGAUAUGUUGGAAAAAUCAAAUAUUCCUCUCUUAUAUCCAGUUGUCCUUAUUUCGGUGCACUUGGAUGUUUCAGAAAAUAUUUCUUGCAGUAUUGCUAUGGAAGAACUAACUAGGAUCAAGAAAUUUGGAAGGGAAGUGAAAAAGAAAAAUAUUUUGCUUUAUGGAAUCCUUUUUCAAUAUAAGGACCGUUUACUGCUUCAGGAGACAGUAAAUUCUGCUGCUGCUCUUAUCCUGGCAUUAAUAAUGGACAGAAACCCAGAGCUGAUUGGCCAGCUGUUGGUAGCAUAAGACCGUAAAUCUUGUGUAGCUUUUGGAAAUGUUUCUUUUUCCUCAUCCAUUCACCAAAGGUCUUGAAUCAUUUUACCCUUUGAUGAAAACUCUGGAUUUAUGACAUUUGCUAUUAAGAUCUUUUUACAAUGUAUUUUUGAUACUUAAAAUGCAAGUCUGAUAUGUAUAAAGUGUAAAAUGGCAUACAAAUUUCUGAGAUACACUAGGUACAUACUGUGAGG